CGGCAAACAGUUGAUGACAAAUUUCGCUGUGGCGACAAAAUAAUAUUUACUUUCCUGCUGGGGAGCGUAUUAUCGCGUCUUAGCCAAGGGACAUUCCUCCAAAUUCUGUGAAGUUAAGUCAGAAAUAAGAGGAACAUGGAGAAAAAUGCUCGUUUCCAAAACACUUGGACCUGGUAGUACCGAAGCAAGUAGAUGAAAGGUUUGUAAGCAUCUUUCGUGACUUUAGCAUCUCUUCCCCUGGUUUUGAAUUGUCUUAAUUAUCCUCUGAGCGUUUGUUCUAUGCUUUUUUCCCUAAUGUAUAUGUUGCUAUUCGUAUUUCACUGUCAAAAACCCUCUUCUUAGUUAUGAACUGUUUCAAACCUAAAUAGUUAAUUAAGUUCGAAUCAUGAUCGUGGUCUUUCAACACAACAUGCAGGCAUUAACGACAUACAUUGUAUUGUGUCCAGGAGAGAAUUGGUUUAUUAAAUGGAUGGUUAUUCCCUAGCUUUAAUUAAAAGUUCUCUUGAUUGGUAAUUGCCCAAAUGUUAUCUUAGAUUAAUCUCAAGAGAGGAAAUUAAAUUCUAUUUCGUGUUGCAGACGCUUCGUGUAGUUACGUAUGACAUGACCAGCUGAUACGAUUAACUUUCAAUAUUUUUUAAAUUGGACAUUUUAGGACAUAAAAUAGGCAAUGAAUUCUUUCAUUACUGUUCGUGCUGUUGUUGCCCCAAUCAAAUCAUUAAAAUUUUUUCAUUUUUUUUUCACUGCGGCAACAAUGUUAAGAAUGCCCUUUGUAUACAAUUAUUGUUUAUUUUCUUUGUGUGAGAAUUUUUAAUAAUGCUAAUUGAAGAGCAGAUUAGCACUUAAACAAAUUUUGCUGCUUUUAGUCAUUAUUGAGUCAAACAGUAGAUGAUGAUUGGAAAAUGUAGAACAUUUAAAUUAAGAAAAAAAAUUGGAAAAGUAAGGCGCAGAUUAUAUUUGUUAAAUAUAAUUUUUUUGACAAACUAGUUUUAAGGGGAUAGGUGGAACUAAUCUUGAGUGAUCUUCCCAUUUGUAUCAGCAAAUAGUUAAAAAAAAAACCCAGCCAUUUGUCACUAAAUAGUGUGACUGGAGAUAUUUCGUUUUCAUAAAAAUAUUUUAAUUUUAUUCUUUUGUGAGAUAUGAGAAAAUAAAUUUAACAUUUUCAGUGAUUUAAACCCCAACAGAAAUAUCAGAAAGAGCAUUAGUUUCUUACUGAUCGGACUAUAUUCUUUAAAAAUCUUGUGGAAGCUAUUUGCAGAAUUUUUUUUGCAAAAUUCAGGAUUUCUCAUUUUUUAUGUACCCUAAUUUUUUUUAAAAAGAUGAGGUUUGGUUUCAGUGAAGUUCAUGUAAUGUUAUGUCUGUUUGGUGGUCUGUCUGUGCUUUUUUAACUAUUUCAUGGAUGAUAUUAUUAAUUUACAGAUAUUCUCUAAUUAAUAACUAUGAUAUUUGUCUGAUAAACUUUUGUUUUGUUUAAAUUUUUUUUUAGGUGCUUGUAAAAAGUUUGCUGAUAUGAGUUAAGCUGAGGUCUGACACUGAGCACCUAAAUUGAGAACAGACUGAGAGUAUCUAACAAAAUCUCACCACUACAAUGAAAGUUUUCUUAAUUCAUGCAAGUGACUUAUUAGUUUGUCAGUGGUAUUUGGUGGCCAAUCUGAUGUAAAAGAUCUUUGACUCAAUUUCCAGUAUUGUGAUCUUAUGAUGGCUCAUGAUCAACAUUUAUUAUGGACAACGAAAGGAACAAAGGCUUCUAAAGAUAAUAUGGAUCCUAACUCACGGCACAUUUUCUUCAACUCCCCAAAUACUGGUAGGCCUGGACAGAGAAGACCUAUUCAGCGAGUCAAAAGUGCAGCUCCUAGAAUUGGUGGAAGACAUCCUGGCGGUAAAGAGUAUAACAAAGUUAAUGCAAGUCCCUUGGGAAGUCAUUCUUCAUUUUUUCUCAAUCCAUCACCAACUCCUGCAACCUCACGCCCCUUGUCGUCAAGAAGUGGAAGAAGUUCUUACAGCUCAGUGCAAAAGAGUAAACAAGAACCAAGUGCAUCUCCUACAUCGUUAUACCUUCAGCUUCAUAAAGCAAGAUGCAAAUCAGCUCCCCCAAGACCUGCUGACUAUUAUCUUCCCCAGAAAUUCAAAUCUUGGCAAUCACGUGGUGGUUUUACCUCCUCCUUAUCUCAAAGUGCCCCAAAACGUGCAUGGCAGAACAGGACAAGUUCUGCAAAGAGUCAGAAUUCUCUCAUGUCCCGAGAAGAAGUAGAAAAACGGCAUAGAGAGCGCUGUAAAUCAGCUCCUCGUCCUUGUGAUUUUAGCUCUAUUGAAGUUGUAAACUGUGUUCCCAAGCAUGGUUCUGAUAUUCAAAGAUUAAAAGCUUUUACUCGUCCUUUAACCUGUAUGCCAGAUGUUAUUCAGAAUGUUCUUUCACACAAUGGUCUAAGACAUUGCUGUUCUGCUUAUCAACCCAGGCCUAAAUCAUCUCCUUCGGUAGGUGGUAACAUCAUUGUUAUCACAGUUGUGGUGGUUUUUGUAUUACUUAAGAUAGAAGAAAAUGAAUUGACUGUGAGUUCAAACCCAAAGUAGAAAAAAAUGUUCAAAACUUCUCUUAACAUAUGAAUUCUACAUAGCAUUAAUAAUAAGUUAAUUAUAUUAAAUUACUGUAGUUAAAAUUUUUUUUUAUCUGCUCUACUAGAUGUGUUAAUGGUACAUGUACAUGUACAUGAUCCUUUCAACAAAAGGAAGAAAUGGUAGUAUUUAUCUACAACAUCACCAGUACAAAGUGAUUGAAUCCUGUCUGGAAUACUUUGAUUUUGAUUAUAGGACCCAAAUGUGGCAUUGUUGGUUAAGAAUCAUGUAUCACAAGGAUGAUAUAAAUAGUCCAAUUCGCCUUUGAUAUGUUUGGUCGCUGAUUACUGAUCUUUUGGCCUUUUUGCAGAGACAGCAGUUUUGGCCUGUUGCAAGACCCACUGUGGUAAGUUAAUACAUUAUAUGCAUUUACAAUUUUAUGUACUUAUCAACUGAUUGAUAGGGCCAGACAGGAAAAUAUUUGGCCUUGAGGUAUAAUGAUGUACUGACAGAACACAUCAUGAUACAUGGUCAUGCAUUAUAACCAAGAGCUAAUAUUUUCUUGUCUAGCCCAAUCAAACUCAGUCAAUAAGGAUUUUAAUUGUCAUAUGACUACAGACUACAAUGAGUUGUCAUAUGAUACAAUUAGUUGAAAUAGGACAUGAUGGACUGGCACACCCAUGUCAUGCAAUCAUGAAAAAGACUUAACCUACAAUAUUAAUUUUUCCUUUGUUUUUUUGAGUCAGAACAAGAAACUCACAAUCCAUCGAAAAACAUGACUUUUUCCCCCCCUUUUCUAUUUUCCUUAAAGUUUUUGCAACAAAGCUGUGUGAGUGUAGGGUGGAACAGCUUUUUCCAGACCGGCUUACAUCAGCCCCUUCAGCCCUACUCAUGUCAGCUUUCACAAGUGGACUAAGAUUUUCUAUGAGAUUGGACCUGCAGGGCUGUAUGGGUCAUAUGAUAAAUUAAACAUUUUUUCAGUUUCUGUGGUAUUCACAAUGGUACUGUAACAAUUAGUUUUACGUAGAGUAUGAAAGGUAAUUACCCCCCAUAUACUUCAAGUACUUCUAAAUUUAUCAAGUCCAACUUUACAUCUUAAAAGUUCAUAAAUUACCUAUACACAGGUGUGCAUGACAAAAUAUAUUGAAAAUGGUCUUUUUAAAUUUUUUUUUUAAUGGUAUUUAAAAUUAAAAAAAAAUUAUUUUGAAUGACAUUUUUAGCAUUGAAUUGUCAAGAGCAUUUUAAAAGUACUGUACAUCUAGAAACAAAAUUGUACAAUUUCAUGUAUCUCUUACUAGACAAAAUGUGACAAAAAAACUGUAAAUGAGUUUGAUGAUUUUCGGUUAUGAUCUGGUUUGUUUCAGCAAAUGAAGUAGCUUUGACUGUUUUUUUUAUGUAGAUGAAAAUUAUUAUACUUUAUUCAUGACAACAUUUGCUGUGUUUGAAUUUACCAGUUCCAAAGGGGAGAUGUUCCAAAAUAUCUUCACUUUGUGAAACCAGCAGGAUUUUGGGUACGUGGGGAAGGUGGUCAUCUUAAAACUGGUCCUGAUGAUGAUCUCUCUUUACUAAAUGACAAUCAAGAUGUGUUGGCGAGAGCUGAUUUCCCUUUAAAUUAUGAAGAUGACUUGAAUGAAACAGUGCUGUUUGAAGAACAGUUUAUUGUACCUGCAUCACCCUCCGAGGCAUCAUCAGAGAGGGAGUACUCAAUAGAACCAAGAGGUAUGGAUUAACUCUUUAGCCCCAAAGAGCGGCUAGUUUCCAAUUUCUCCUUAAAAUCAAAAUGUUAAUGUCUUGAGAAUAACGGGGAUGAUGGCCAAGUAAAGAAACUCUGUAUUGUUGAAAUUUUCUCCUUGUGAAGAAUAUCCAUAGCGGAUAAUAAUGAGUAGUGAUGGAGGUGCCAGCUUUCCACCAGAAGAGCUUGCCUAAUGCUUGAAAUGUCAGCUUUAGAAACUUUUUACAGUUAUGGCAAUUUACGUUAUAAACUCAGUUGAUAAAAACAAAUUAUUUUGUAAUCCCAUCUGACACAGCACCACAGUUUCUUUAGAACCACCAUUAUGAUUUGGGUUCAUUUCUUGGGGUCAACAUUGUCUUAGCCAGAAGUCUUUGCUGGACAGGAAUAGUGUAUUGAUAUUGCUUGGAAGAAAGUGAUGUAGAUGUGUAGGGUUUUUGAUGUGAAAAACUUGUUGCACACUGACCUGAGUAUAUUGGUGGCAGCAUAAUUAGCUUGAACUAAUAUAUAUUUGGAAGUUUCAGCUGGUUUGAAGUACUGAAUUAUCUCUGGUUUUGAAAUCACUUUACUUGAAAAUUGUAUCUUUUUGCGAAUUUUUCUGGUCUAUCUCUAGAUGAAGAGUUACAAACAGAACAAGAUUUAGAUGCCACCCACUGUGAAGGUCUCGCUGAAAAAUAUUUGGGUGAUGAUGACAAAAAUUGGCCUGAUAAUCAAGUGACUCUUGAGCCACCACUAGAAAAACCUCCAGCUGAUAUCAAGACUUCAGAUGCAGAUCCUGUGGAACCUGUUCUUGAAAUCAUCAUAACUAAGUUAGAACCUGAUAAAAAUUCAUCUCCUGAAAUCAACAAAGAAGAGCAAAAAGAAGGUGGCACAAAGGAGGAAGGUGAUUCUGAUAUACAAAUUGAUGUUCCAGAGAUUCCACAGUGGGCAACUGAAGAAACUUUGAGUCCAACUGAAGAUGUUAGGUUAGAUGAUGUAAAGGAAGAGGUUGUAAUGCCAGAGCCUGUGGAAGAACCUGCUCAGAUUGAAAAAGAACUAGAGAAAGAGGUGGAGAAUGAGCCUGUGGCUCAAAAGCUCAAUGACGUUCCUCAGAAGACAGAGGUGGAGAUGCCCAAACCACAAACACAUCAAGUCAAGUUCUCAGAUUCUCUGAUUCUUACGAGUUUCAAGUCACCACCAUCUAAAGAAGAAGAGAAGGAGCAGGUGAUUAAACCUAUUUUAAAACCUACUGUGAGUAAGGCAGAGUCCCCAACACUUAAACGCGAGGAACCCAAAGUAGCAUCAGCCACACAGAAGAGAACAACACCAUUGCUGGAACGCAAGGUGGUGGAAAAACCACCACUUCUGAAACCACCUCCCGUAGCACCAGUUCAACCUGUAGAGGAAAUGAAAACAGAAGAGAAUAAUGAGGAGAAGAGGCCAGAGGAAGAAGAGAAGGUGGCAGAAGAAAGAGUAGAGGUGGCACCCAAACUUGAGCCUGAAGUGUAAGUUAGAAUAAUUAAUUUAUUCACUUCAUUGGUAUUCACCUAACUUAACAUUUGGCCAUCUCUUGAAGAGAAGUCUAAUAAAAGGAGAUAUAUUUCAAGACAUUGUCUUGAAAUUUCUCUAAAAGGUGAUUGUAAAUUUUAAACCAUGAAAAGUCAGUGUAAAAUAGAGUGAGGAUUAGAAGCUUCAUUUUGCUAUGUUUGACUCACUGUGUCAGGUUUGCAUGAAAACUACUAACAAUGAUACACUCCUUAUAAUCAUCAGUGAUUGUCUUGAAAAUUAAAGAUAUUUAUAACUUUUCUCUUUCAGUUUACCCAAACCUGAGUAUAUAAGAGCACCUGGAGCCUACAGGAUGUAUGAUCCAAAGGUUUGUUUCAUUGUGUGAGUUUUGGACUACAAUAACUAUAUAGAUUGUAUGGCUGCUGAAAGCUCAUCUACGCCGUACUGCUUCAGUGUAGUUUGCGCUAAUCAUUAUGUUAACACAUUUCAGACCAUGGUAAUCUGGUAAUUUUUGUGUAGUUUAUUCCAGUCUGCACUAUUUCAUACAAAUAUGUUUUAAUAGUCAUGCUGAAUCUUGACUAGUAUCUUGUCAUGUGCCUUCUCUUGUUAGUUUUGUCCCUUCUAAUUAUGAACAUUAACCUUGGAUUCUUAUCCUUGUCUAUGCUUACUAUUAAUAUUGUUUCAAUUAGCAGAGAGAAUUUUUGAAACAAACCUGCUUCUAGCAGGGAACCCAAAAUUUUCAGAAAAUCAUUUAGGCAGCCUGACUGUAAUAAAUAAAUGUAGAACCUCAGACUUUCGUGACCAUGGAGGUUUUGCAAUGAUUAAGAUAUGGGAGAAGCUUUGACAUAGACAAAAGACAAAAGCUCUAAAUUUGACAGUUGUGGCUAAUUAAAAAUUCUAUAAUUAUCACUCAUCAUAUGCCAAUACAUUGUUGUUUAAUUAUUGUGGAAAAAAAAUUGAUAUAGGGUAUGUUUCACAACAGUGUUGUAGUUUUCUUUCUUGUGGUAGUUUUUACAAAUUAAAUACACUUUAGUUGAUUUAUUUGGAGAUUAAUGUCAGUAGCAGUUUUGUUGGUUUUAUAAUGCUAUAAACUAUAAUUAUACUAUAAGUGAAGUAUUUUAAACAUUCUCCCCUCAUUAUCACAAACUUGCUAAUUAAUGGAUAUACUUAGAGACAUGUUUAUGGACAUCCUUACGAGUCAAAAUAUUUUGGUUUUUACAUCAAUGCAGCAUGGAACUGAUGAACAAAUAGAACUGAAGGAUCCAAAAGAGAUUGAAUAAUGAUAUAAAAUUCAGCAUUAAAACGUCCGUUUUGGGACUCUGUUCAGUGUACUUUAUGUUUUGAAGUUCUUCUUUCCAAUAAAUUGUGAUAAAUUAUUUAUAAUUAGUUAAUUAUAUUCACUCUGGUGGCAUUAUUCAUUUUUCGAAAUAAUUACUUCUCAUCUUCCAAUUCUAAAUUAGUUUCUAUAUAAGAUUGGAAUGACUUUGUUUAAAAAAGAACUAAAUUAAAUACAGUCUUUUUCUUAGUAAAAAGAGAAUUGAAGAGAAAAGUAAUAUAUAUUUCCUUGUAUUAAACAAUAUCUAGUUCAUGUCCUUGUUAACAACUUUGAAAUGUAUACUCCCCCCACUCAGCAAAUAUAAUAAUGAGUAUUAUCCAUCUUGAAAUUAUCUUACCACCUGUCCAAACUACCUUAAAUAUAAUAUUGUCACCAAUUAAUUAUAAGUAUUGCUUCCAGUUACCAGGUUUUUUAGAAUCUGCAAGGCAAUUUAUUCCAAUAUUUAUACAUGUGCUAUCUUAUUUGUAGUCGCAGGUCAGUUUGGAGGUAAAUGUAUAUCUAACAGUUAUAAACAUAAAUUCAAAAUUCCUUUUUGUAAGUUUUCAAUAACUCUAACUUUAAAGUCAGACAUACAAAUCAAGUGAGGCCAGGUAUGCUACAAAAGCAUACCCACGAAAGCAAACAUAGCAUACCUGGCCUUACUUGAUUUACUUGUCUGACUUAAUAACACUGUGCUACUCAAGGACAACAUCAAACACUUGAUAACUCUAAUUUUAUUUUGUGUUUUAAUGCACUUGACAAAACAUACUUGAAUCUAUUAUAAACAGGAGUUUGAGCUUAAGGCUUUGAUGGAAACAGUUUGCAUUUUGUAAAAGUAGUUGGGACAUUACUUGAUUUAAAACACUGAAUACAAGUCAAUUACAAGAUAGGCAAUUUGUGCGAAAAAAGGUUUUCUUUUGCCAAAUAAUGUGUGUACUCCUGAGGCUGUUUUAGAAUCUUUGUGAGUUAUUAAUUACCCUUUGCAUUUAAAUUAUAAUAGAAUGUUGAGAUAUGCCUAUCUGGUAGUCAAUUUCUUUGCAUAGUUUGCUUUCUUGUCCUUGUUAACAUUGAAUAUAAUCACACUCUGUUACUCUAGUUAAGGUGUAGUUUUUUGAGGUUAGAACACUGUCUGUUUUACCCAAACUGCCCUGCUUGCUCCUUCUUUGCAAGUUAGCUAGUUAGUGCCCUUUGUGCUUGUAUGCAUAUAAGGCCUCUGCCAUAGAAUGCCAUUGAUUUCUGUUGGUUGCCUGUUGGUCAAGCUGCCCUCAUGUCCAAGCUCUGUCCUUUAUUUCCUUGGGCCAUGGGGAGUCCAUCAGAGUGAGUCUGGGCAAGGCUGAUGGUGGCAUUUGGAGCACAUGGCCAAUUCAUCUCCAUCUUCUUUUUUGGACCCUUUAGAUUAUGGGUUCUGUAUUUAAUAAUGUUAAGUAAUUUUCCAGGACCCAGGCUUUGAAAGAGUGAACAAAGCUAUCCAAUGCAAAAAUGGGUAUCCAGUGGAUAAGAGUCAACUACACAAACUAAUUUAAGUUAUUUUCACAGGACCUCCUUGAAUAUCGGUUGGAACAAAAAAGAGAGUCAAGACCUCUAAAGAAAUCCUUAACCAACUCAUCAAUGCCACGGUUUGUGCCUUCUGCUGAGAGCACUGAAGUUAUAACAUCUAUAAUGGAUGAACAUAAGGUAAGUUGAUUGUUUUGAGGUCUAUUUAUGUAACUCAUAUGUGAUUUAGCUUUAUGCAGUAAUGUGAGAUUUAUUUCAUUUUAAGUUUUAGACUUUUUGACACUCAAGUAUGUCAGUUAACUUGAUUUUACCACUCUAUUGACCAGGGAAGGAACUAUUUUCAUGUACAUGUACAGAGUAUGUACUAGAUGAAAGUGUCACCAAAGGUUAUUUUUUUUAAAUUAAACUUGUAAUAUAGUUUUAAGUUGGUCUGAUAUAGGGGUAUACAGUUAGGGGUGAUAUUUUCAAGAACAGCAAAAAUCUCAGAGGUAACCCUGGUGUGAUUGGUAGAUAUGCUGCCUGGCAUACUGUGCAAGUUAAUAACAUUCCACAAUGCACGAAGCUGCCCAUUUUAGGUGUUAUAUUUCAGGAGAAUUGUAAAUAUAGUGAACAUGUACGUGCUAAGUUGAUUAAGCCAAAUAAGAGUCUGUGUUAAGACCUUUACAGAAGGAAGGUUUCAGUCAAGGUGAAGUAGACCACCUAUUUAGUGCCUUAGUUUUUCACUUAUGGUCUGCCUGUUUAUGGUGCUAUAGACUCAGAUCUCACAGUCAUACAAAACUUUAUGGACAGAUGCAUUAAAAGGAAAUACACAUCUAAGAGAAUGGACAUUCAAUGCAGUUUUAAGUUGGUCUGAUAUAGGGGUAGUUAGGGGUGAUAUUUUGAAGAACAGCAAAAAUCUCAGAGGUACUUCUGGUGUGAUUGGUAGAUAUGCUGCCUGGCAUACUGGGCAAGUUAAUGAUAUUCCACAAUGCAUGAAGCUGCCCAUUUUAGGUGUUACAUUUUAGGAGAAUUGUAAGUAUAGAGAACACGUACGUGCUAAGUUGAUUAGCCAAAUAAGUGUCUGUUUGUAUUAAGACCCUUACGGAAGGAAGGUUUCAGUCAAGGUGAAGUAGACCACCUAUUUAGCACCUUAGUUUUACCACAUUUCACUUAUGGUCUGCCUGUUUAUAGUGCUACAGACUCAGAUCUCACGGUCAUACAAAACUUUAUGGACAGAUGCUUUAAAAAGGAAAUACACAUCUAAGAGAAUGGACAUUCGAGAACUUUUAGAAAAGGUAGAUAAGAAGAUUUUCAGGGUAUGUUCAGUGGAUCCCUUUUGCCCGCUUAGUAACAUCAUUCUAAAGAAGAAACAAAGUACAAACUCAGAAACAAAAGUGCUCAUCACCCAGAUAUAAAGACUGACAGAUUUAAAAAUAGGCUUAUCUUUAAAUAUAAUCUUUAAUCUUUCUAUUAUUUUAUAUAGUAUGUCUUAUGUGUAUAUAUACAGUAUGUCUUCUGUAUUUUUAGAUUCCUAACUGCUGAUGUAACUUAAGAUAUGUCUUUUUAUCUUAGGAGGAAUAAAGAUUGAUUGAUUGAUACUCAACACAGUCAUUAUGAUAGCCAUUCUCUAUAUCAGAAAUAACUUUUCUCAUUUUUCUGCAGCAAAGGAAAGAAGGAAUGAAACCCUGGCUUCAGGGAAGACUAGCACUUUCUAAGCAAACAAGUAGAUUUGAGCUUCCUAUGGAUGUUAAAUUACUUGAAGGUAAUUUGUAUGGUUAUCAUGAUAUUUUUCUGUGAGUGUCUUUAACCCCAAGCAGUGUAACUUAUCAAUGUUGUCGUGAUGAAUUUUAAUUUUAAUUUCCUCAGAAAUGACACCAAUGGAGUAUUUGACAAAGUACUGUAUCAUAAGGUUAGUUGCCUAUUCAUCUCAAGUGAACCUUGUCUCUUCAUCAUCAAACUUUGGAAUAAUGUUCCGCUGCCAUGCAAUUCUCAAGAAGUGAUGAAAUGAAUGAUGUUUUGACCUGAAGUUAAUUUCAAAGGAAAGAAUGAUCCUCUCAGUUGAAUUGCAUUCAAACAAAUUGGCUCAGUAGCUCAUUUGUUAGAGCAACAAACUAGUUAAUAAGAGGCAUUGGUGCAAACCUGGGUGAAACCUGAAGUUUUCAAACUUAUCUUCUGCAGUUUCUUUUAUCACAGUGAACCUGUGAGAAUAAUUCUUCCAUUCAGUCAUUUAGUUCCACAAUUUAAUCAUCUGACUACAGAGCACAUAUCUUCAGAUUGAAUUAAUUCAGUAUGUUACUUUCUAGCACAAGAAGGAAAGCACUUUACAAACAUAUAUUUCAGAAGGUGGAUAAAGAUAGAGAUAAUAAAAUAACUUUUAAGGUAGGUAAUUCAACUAAAAGUAUUUUGAUCUAUCCAUAUCCUAGUUUUAAAAUUUUUGUCAAAAUUCAAUGAGCUUCUUUUAAUUUGAUUAAAAGGAGAUGGACAAGGGCUUAAGGGAGAUACAUGUGGACUCUAUAUCAACAGAACAGGUCAAGAAACUAAUAGAGGUAAGUCUGAUGUCAUUGUGCCUCCAUUUUUUCCAAGAAGAUUCUGUUAGUACUUAAUAUCUAUUCACCAAAGUGAAGGUGGCCAGUGGUGCAUGUUAAUAAUAUAUGCUCAAAAAGAUAAUUUUAGUUAAUUUUAUACCUGCAAUGAUUACAAUAUUUUUGGGUGCAAAUCCUGCAUGUGUUGCUUGGAGGUGAAUGGCAAAGGAUAUUUGGAGUUUGAGUUGCCAAUCACAGCACACCUUUAACGCUAUUCAGCUGUUUUACAAUGAUGUUGUUAUACCUUGAUACCUUGAUAUGCAUCAUUGACUGAGCAGGAAGUAAUUAUUAUCAUAAUAACUGAUGAAAAAAAUAGUUAUUGUUUUCAGCUCAAGUUAUAAGUUAGAUAAUAUUUUUUCUCAAUUACAGAUGGUUGAAGGAAAUGAGAAGUCUACUUUCAGUCUUGCACAGUUUUCAGCAAUUGCUGCAUUUUCUGAAAGGUUCCUCUUCUCAGAAACACAGUAAGUACAUAGUGAAGUGGUUAGCUUGCUUGGAUCUUAAACAUUUCGGUAUAACUGUAUCCUGUGCCAUGGUUGUGUUUGGUGUUGUGCAAACAGCACUGCACUGUCACAAGUCUAUUGAUAUAUAAGAAACAAACAGUGAUUCCAACUAAAUUUUGUUUUUGCCAGUCAUUGCUUUGGACUAAAACAAGUAAAACAUGAUAAGAAAUUAAAAUGGGAUUCAGUGUUAAUUUUGAGUAAUGAGAUUGUUCAGUUCUACGUUUUUGAUGGGCUCUGAUUCACGUAACCCCAGUUGUAUUGAGAACAAUAUUCUAAAGUUCCUUCAACUGCUGAUCCAUGCUAUAUAUAUAAUUAUAUAUUUUUUUUUUCAUUCUAGGGUAACAGAAAAGAACAACCCAUACAGCUCAAAGGAAAUUAUUGAAGAGGCUGACUUCUGUGGAUUAAAAUCCAAACUUAGUGGAUUCCCUGUAAGUUUUACAACUGUUGUAUUUUUUAGGCAGGAUUAGGUAAAUUUUCUUUUCCAAAAGAAGGCACCUAGGAAAUGAAAUGUUGCUAAAAGUAUCAUGUUUUUUCAAAUCAAAGGCACCAUAAGAGUAGGUAGGGGGCUAGGGUGAGGCUUUUGUGCGAUUUUGUUUUUGAGUCAGGCCCUUUGGGUUGGAAGAUUGCAAAAAUUAGUUCUCACCAGAAAUUUCAGAAAUCUUGAACAGCAAAAAUUUUUCACUUUCUGUUGAAAAAAAAAAAAUUGCCAAAAGACAAAAUGAAACUCAAAAACAAAACUCUGCCAUAGAGUAUUCAGGCUGUGGGAGAAUUGUCUAGACUCUGGUUGAUGAUAGAUGGAUGAAUAAAUUUUAGCAGGAGGAAAGGAAAGAGGAUUGUUAGUAUACAGAUUAACUCUGUUAUAUUUUCAUUUAUUCAUUUGGAUGCUAACAUGUGUUCAUUUUUUUCCUCACCUGAUGUACUUUCUUUUUCCAUCUUUUAAGGUGAACCCCACAGUGAGGAAAAUUUUGGAAGUGCUCUAAGUCAAUAACAAUAAUAUAUUUAUUACACUUAAUUAUAAAUUUGAGGAUAUUUAAUAUAUUGUUGCACAAUAUUUAAAAUUUGCAUAAAUGAAAUUUGUUGUAUUUUAACAAUGAAGAACCUUUUAUAGUAAGCUAAAUUGUACACAGUGGCAAUCAUACAGUAGGAUCUGACACUUUGGUACUGAUCAUUGAAUUGGAGCCAAUGCCAUUUUGUAAUGAUACAGCAACUACUGCUUAAAACAGUUGGGUUCAAACUCUUUGGUGGGAAGAAUCAUCCUUUAUCCACUUUGGAAAUGCAGAAUAAUUUAAUUCCUUCAAAGUUGUAGCAGGAGAACUGAAAUGUCCUUUAGGUUGUCACUUUUCUCUGCCAAAACAACAACUGGUGAAAGGUCUUUGUGUACAGGCUAUAAAUAUUGUUGACCUUGGGGAUAAUCAGAAAGCUAUGUACCCUCAGCUGAAAACAACACAGUAUAUUGGAAAAAAUAAGUCACUAGUGUAUUUUGACAGUAUGAGUCAUCCAGGAAAAAAAAUCCUUUUUUUUUUUUUUUGUAGAAUAACUGCAGUCCUAACCCUAACCCUAACCCUAAGCAAAAGUAAGGGGAAGUCUUAUUUCAAUUAAAUAUUAAACACUUUCCUAUACACAUAAAGAUCAUAGAGGGAAACUCAGCUACAUUAUUCAGUGGUUCAUGUUCCUCAAUUUUUUAUUAGCUAGUUUCAAGGGAGUAUUUCCACAAUAUUAAUGGUCAACUAAAGAAAAAUAUCCAUUCAUGAAGUAUUCCAUACACAGAAUAUGUAGUUUUGACACUGUUAUUUUAUCUUAGGAAGGAACUUUAUUUUGUAUAAAUUUGGUUUAAAAAUAAAUCAGUGUAUUAAAGGAAAGUAUGUUCUUUGUCCCCACAACUUUUUCAGCAAAUAGUAACAUCUUUAUUUUCUUGUAAACAGAAUAAGAAAGAUGGUAACU